GUUUAUUACCACAAGAUUCAAAGAGCAUUUUAGUUCGUUAUAUACAUCUUUAAUUUAGGACCACAAGAUUCAACAGUCUCUCUUUAUUUCUUAAACUCCGUGCCUAGUCACGUUAAGACACUUAAAUAAACUUUAGACCAUGUGGUCUUGCCAGUUUGCCAUAAAAAAGUGGUUAUUUAUGCAAAUCAAAGAACACAUAAAAACUGAAUUGUGAGUGCAUUUACUGAUGAUUUGGCUAUGAAUUAUGGCUUCAUUGUGUGGCUUUCUGUUGAUAGUGCAGGAAGUUUACUUACAAUCACUUAGCGCAGAUGAAGUUUCUUUUACCCGAGGCGAUUGAGAUAAAAAGGAUGCUUGUGUUCGAUGAACGAACAAGCUGUAUGAAGCCUGAUCUUCAUAUUACGUUAAAUGCUAACGGAGUUGAAGUUGAUGAGAAGCUGAAAUUUUCUAGUGGCAAUGUACAACUGUGGGACGUCUUCCGCGAUCGGAUUUUGGAUUUCUUUAAAUCCCACCCUGAGAUUUUGCUGUCGAAGAAUGAUUUAGUGAUUUGUCAAUUGAGCUGAAAUUAAGAGCUAAGAAUUGAUUAAUAGCUUCUGUUUGGAUUGUCGUUUACUGUUAAAAGCUAUUGAGAAUUGUUCACUGUUUCGAUUUCACUAUGUGAAACCUGGAACUUGUUGGAAAAUUUGUGGAACAAGAUAGGGCCAUUAUCCCAUUACUAAAUCCCCGCUCUCUUGCCACCACGAACAAGACCUUUCCCGAUCAAAUAGCUUUUUAUUAUUUAACAAGAAAGAUGAGUAUUAUCUGAAG